UAAGAAUGGUACUGGAAUCCGAGAUGUCUUCAUCACUUUUUGCCAGUCGACACAGAAAGGAUUUAAGUACUGAAAUGAUUAGAACUAAACUUGCUCAUAGGAAAUCAUUGUCUCAAAAAGAAAACAGACAUAAGGAAUAUGAACGAAAUAGGCAUUUUGGUUUGAAAGAUGUCAACAUUCCAAUCUGGGAAGGUAGAACUCUCGUUGAGUUAGAAGAGUCUUCUCAAGAUCUUGUUCCAGAAAAGUCCAGUGUGAAGCCAAGGUCAAUGAAAACUAUUCUAGGAGAUCAACGUAAACAAAUGCUCCAAAAAUACAAAGAAGAAAAACAGCUUCAAAAAUUGAAAGAGCAGAGAGAGAAAGCUAAACGAGGAGUAUUUAAAGUAGGUCUUUAUAGACCUGUUAACCCUGGUUUUCUUUCAUCAAAUCAGAGUGCUAUGAAAACUGAGCCAAAAAAGGCUGUUCCACCUUUGCGAAUACCAAGGUUAAAGGCAAAAGACGAGAUGGAGCAGCCUAAGAUUGCUAAUGGCAGUAUUGCUCGGGCUGUUCAACCUGGUCAAAAGCCUGCUUCUGAAAAGAAAGUGCUGGACAAAGAGCGAGCAGUUGUGCGGCCUGCCCUGCCCACAUCAGUGAGGAUGACACGGUCAGCCACUCGAGCAGCAAACCAGGUUGUCAAAACAGUCUCGGCCACCACAAGAAAGCCAGGUGCAAGAGCCACUAAUGAUAAUGAACCAGAAAAAAAAGCACCAAUUAAAGGAAGACCUGCUAAAAGUACAGAAACAAACCCUGGCACGGUCAUUUAUCUCAAAGUUGAUAAUGCAGAAAAUACAUUGGAUGCACAAAACAGUACAACAAACGGAAUGGACCAAGAUGAAGUUUUGUCAAAAAUGGAAAAUGUACCCAAGACAAAUCUUGCAAAAACAAAAAGGAAAGCUUCGUUUGCACCUAAAGAUUUUAUGUUCCAGCCGCUGGAUGGCCUGCAGACUUACCAAAUAAAACCCAUGACUCCCAGAAGUGCUAAUGCGUUCUUAACACCCAGUUACACCUGGACCCCUUUAGAAGGAAAAGUUGAUAAAACUGAAGCAGCAAAAGAAAAUUUGGCUCAAAAAUGUGGAACUUGCUCAGUGAAGAGUGUACAUCAAGAUUCAGCUAGCUCUUGGCGUCCUUUAGGUUCUCUGACAGAUUUGAAUGAAGAUCAUGUCUCAAAUCAAAAAGAAGCUACUACUGAAAAUUCAAAUGACCUUCCAAUAAAAGAUGUCUCAUCGCUUGACAUAAGUGAUCAUAUAUCUCAGCCACAGCAUGACGUGCCAUAUUUCAGAAAUAUCCUUCAGUCGGAAACUGAGAAAUUAACAUCACGCUGCCUUGAGUGGGACAGAAAGCUUGAAUUGGAAAUUCCAGAAGAUGCUAAAGAUCUUAUUCGCACAACAGUUGGUCAGACAAGGCUGCUCAUGAAGGAAAGGUUCAAGCAGUUUGAAGGACUGGUAAACGAUUGUGAAUAUAAACGAGGGGAAAAGGAGACAACCUGUACAGACCUGGAUGGGUUCUGGGAUAUGGUCAAUUUUCAGAUAGAAGAUGUAAACCAAAAAUUUAAUAAUCUGACCAAACUGGAAGAAUCUGGGUGGCAAAACACUAACAAUAAUGCAAGUAAAAAAGUCUCUCGGCAAAAAGCUGUCCCAAAAGUAACUGUUAAACCAAAACAAGAUGAUAGUGGAAAAAUUGCAGCCAAAAAUCGUCUAGCUGCCAUAAAAAAUGCAAUGAGAGCACGAAUUAAGCAAGCGGAACGUAGUGAGGCAACAGCCUCAGUGAUACCAACAGAAGUUGACACAAUUGUGUUUGAUGCUGGAUUUUUCAGAAUUGAGAGCCCCGUUAAAUCAUUCUCAGGACUUUCGAUCUCUUCAGAUCGGCAUUCUGAAAGGCUGGGAACACCUAGAUAUGUCAGCAAAGCUGGGUCUCAGAGCUGGGCUGACACGAACCUUCUGACCCAGGAUGUGUCCACGGAGGACAAAGCUUCUCAGGCCACCAGCCAAGAUCAUGCCGAAGAGAGGCAUACUGUGUGUGCUGACGUUUCUGAAAGCAGAGACCAAGUAGUAGAAGAUUCUCAGUGUCCCAGAUCACAAGGUUUUGUUGAAAUAAGCCAUGAUGUAAAUAAGAUAAAUUUGGAGAUGGAUUGUUUAUCCAGAGUAAGUUUGUCUCUUCAUGUUGGUGAAGGAGCAGAUGAUAUUAAUGCGAAUAGAAAUGAAGAAAUGAAAGUAAACGCUCCAGUGGUUCUACAGGACAUUUUGAUGACUAGCCCUGGAAAAAUUAUGCCAUCAUUAAAUAACAUGUCGCCAGAAGAAACUCAAGUUUCUCAUUCAGUACUGUUUGAUAAUAGAAGUCUCACUACUGAACACUAUCUUCUUAAUUCACCAAGUGUGAACUGCAGCCAUCCGUACACUCCGAUAGAGAGGAGGCCUCUGGAUCAUGGCCGACACGUCUCCUUUGGGGGUAACCUGAUUGCCUUUUCCCCUCUGAGGCCCGUCGGUGCUGAGCAGCCAGAGGAACUCUGAGUUCAAAAGUAAAUCCGAACAUUUUCCUUCACCUUAUCAGUGCUGUGAUAUAUUCUUCAAUGAUGAAAAUUUGUAGAAUAUAUAUUUGUGUUUAUUUCUGUUUGAUUCACUAUAUAGUGUCAAAUAAUGGGUUAAUAUUCUGUAUUUCUCAAACUGUGUUGUAGAUAUAUUUCAGUGGAUAGUGGAACAUUUUAUACAUUAAACAUGCAGAAUAAAAAGUAUUAUGCAUUGCCUCUUGUUUAA